ACUUCCGAAGACCCUGGGUUUUUCCCAUUAGCAAUUCCAGUCUCACCAUUUUUGCUAAGGGCAGAGUUGUCUCCAAGGGUUCAUAUCAAAACCACUUCAAAUCGAAGUCCCUUCCUUCAGUGAGGCUGUAUGAGAAAAGCAGACCCUAUCACCCAUGUUUCGUGCAUGGGCAGAGCCCAUCACUGAGUCACCAGCCCUGGAAUGCUGGUGGGACCUGCAGGAUCCUCCCCACUCCCAUCUCCUCCAGCAUCCUCCAUCCGAACUCUCCAGCCUCAUCCCAGCUUCCUGAGCCAGGCAAACCCAACAUGGUCCCCACAGCCACCCCCAUUAGCCUCUGAUGGGGCUACUUCCCAGCUGCAGAGUCAGAAGGGAAAGAGCAUCUUUAUUGCAGCACUCCUGGGCUUUGGACCUGGGGUGGAAUGGAUGGGGCCAUCCUGGAAACAGGCGCAUGCAUACGUGCAUCUGCAUCAGCAGCACCCAGAGGAUUUGUGACUGAAACCUCCUAUUCAUGGUCACCUCUGCAAGAUUCCUGCUGUGGGGAACACCAAAAUAAAAGCAGAACCAUGUCUGGGCAACUUUCAGGAGGAAAAAAACACCUUAGAAGUGGGAGGGUUUGGGAUGCUGUCACACCACUCAUGGCUGUGGAUGCUGCAAUGGGUCUCCCUUCCCUGGGAGGAGGAGGAUGAUGGAUGGUGAAGCACAUCCUGCAGCUGCAGAAGCUGUGAGGUACCACUCUGCAGGCCUGUGCCAAUUUGCACUGUCUGUAGAUGGAUGAAGAAAGCUUUCCCUCUGUCCCAUGGAAUUCCAGCUGACCAGAAGCUUUGGGAGCAACAGAGAGAUGGAGCUGCAGUGCUGCUGCGUUGCAUUUAACACAGCCUGUUAUCAGAGCAAGGCAUUUUUAGUUAUUCCUUAUACUGCUUUAGCAUAAAAAAGCUACUUUUGGCUUGAUUGCAGAGGCUGAAAGAAGAAGCCCCUCAGCAAGUCAGGUUCAGAGCUGACAGGGUGUAUUCCCCAUUGCCCCACAGUGGGAGACUAUUCCCAGCCCAUUCCUCCAGCAGGGCUUCCCAGAGGAUGCUGCACUGGGAUGCUGGGAGCGUGCCGAGGGGGAAUUUGGAGCGUGCUGGUCCAAAGGACUUGUUGUUGGAAGAACACCUGGGACAAAGGGAGGGAGAUGAGGAGAUGGCAGUGGUGAUUGCAGAGCUCCCUUGGCAUCGCUGCUCACUGGGACACUUGGAAGCUCAGCACUAAGACACUUGUUUUAGUUAAACAACCCCGGGUGGAAGGAUUGCCCUUUGUUACCAGCCAUAUAUUGUUGUUACUAGCCUGUUUUGUUCUCAUUUCUUAUAAAUAUAAUGUCAGGGUGGGUUGGGAGAAGAUGUUCCUGUCGGGAAGUGAGGGCCUUCUCUUGGGCCAUCCGCAGCGUGAGCCGCAGGCGGAGGAAUGCUGAUUAAUGAAGCUCAGUUCACACAUAUGUUCCUGUGGUUUGGCAUUCCCUCCAUCUGGCCCUGGAUACGGCAGAGAUGGUAAAAGACCAAUAUCCAAUUCUGCUUCCUGCCUUCUUUUUAACUCCUUCCAAUAUUUGUUUGGGAUCACAGUGGUCAUAAGGGGAAUAUGAAGAUGUUGCAAGGGCUGGAGCAGCUCUGCUCUGGAGCCAGGCUGAGAGAGCUGGGCUGGGGCAGCCUGGACAAGAGAAGGCUCCUGAAGGGGAGACCUGAGAGCAGCUCCAGUGCCUAAAGGGGCUGCAGGAAACCUGGAGAGGGGCUUGGGACAAGGGCCUGUAGGGACAGGCCAAGGGGAAUGGCUUUAACCUGCCCGAGGGGAGACUGAGAUGAGCUCUUAAGCAGAAGUUCUUCCCUGUGAGGGUGCUGAGGCGCUGGCACAGGGUGCCCAGAGAAGCUGUGGCUGCCCCAUCCCUGGCAGUGUUCAAGGCCAGGUUGGACACAGGGGCUUGGAGCAAGCUGCUCUAGUGGAAAGGGUCCCUGCCCGUGACAGGGGUUGGAGCUGAAGGAGCUUUAAGGUCCCUUCAACCCAAACGGUUCCAUGAUUCUAUGGGGCAUAGACACAGCAGACAGGGAAGCAGGACAGAGACCACACAAUGAGCAAAGUUCUCCUCCCAGGACUCACGCUGCAUCCCUGCAGCCUCAGCACUGUGAGACGUGAGGAUGGGGCAUGGAGCAGCCAGCACCAGUGAGGGGCAGGUCCAGUGGUGUGUGUCAUCCCUGGGAUGCAGUGGCUGGUUGCAUCUCUCCAUCCCGCUUCCCUCUUGCCCAGCCCCAUGGCAUGGGGUGAUGGAGGCGUCCACUCAGCUCUUGCAGACAGGGAAGUGACACUCAGCAUCAUCUCCCUGGGGCUGAUGGUGGCUUCUUUGUGACAGCGAAAUGUGCACGUUCACAUGGAUGGGAACUGUGACACAUCAGGGGUGUUGCUGAUGGGCUCAGAAGAGGAGAACAAGAAGGAAAACAACACAACAGCAGGUUUGCAAACAGGAAGCAUUUGAACCAACCAGCCCAUGGGUCUGCAACGCCCGUCCUGUGAGCGUGGGUCUUUGGCAAUCUGCUUCCGCUGCUCUCACAAGUGAUGCCCAAGCCCUGGCACAUCUGCAUCCCUUCAGCGACCACCCCUGAGCAGAAGCCGUGGUCCCAGGCCCCAUUUGGAGCUGAGGAAGAGCCGCGGUGCCAGAGCCCACACGCAAACUGCUGGAGGAACCUCAUCACCUUGUUCCUGGUGGCCAGAUCUCACCUGGGAUGGUUUUGGCAUAGCAGCUGUGGAAAGGUUUCAUGUGCAAGUCUGACGCAGAGGACUGCAGCUCUGGAAACCAAGCUGUGCAAGGAUUCUGCCCUCCCCUGCCUGGCGAGCACAAGAAGAGGAAGAUGAACCGACAUCCCAACGGCACGAUCCAUGACUCGCAUAUGGUGUCCCCAGCACCCACAGAGAGCCUGGUCUAUGAGGCUGAACACAACGGGACCCGGUGCUUUGCAGAGCACAUCCCCGAACUCGUCACUGGGAGCAUCACCCUGCUCAUCUGCCUGUGUGGGCUGGUGGGGAACGGAGCCAUCCUCUGGCUCCUUGGCUUCCGCAUCAGGAGGAGCCCCUUCACCGCCUACCUCCUGAACCUGGCCGUGGCCGACUCCUGCUUUCUCCUCUUCACAUCGGCUUUCCUUGUGGUCUAUCACAUGCCCAUGCUCAGCUGCUCCCAGCCAGCGCUCCUGGGGGUGCUGCAGCUGUUUCACUCCAUGGUCCUGCUCACGUACGGCACCAGCCUCUACCUCCUCACUGCCAUCAGCGUGGAGAGGUGUAUGGGUGUCCUCUGGCCCUUCUGGUGCCGAGGCCACCGCCCGGAGCCCCUCUCUGCUGCAAUGUGUAUCCUGCUGUGGGCCCUCUCCUGUGUGCUUGCGGGGCUGGUGCACUUUGUGUGUGACCCGGAUCAUUCCCAGCACUGCUGGACGGUUCUCGGGCUCUUGUGCUGCCUCAAUUUCUGCCUUUUCACUCCCUUUAUGGUUCUUUCCAACGUGAUCCUCUUCGUCAAGCUCAGACGCAGCUCUUGGCAACACCACCCAGGAAGGCUGUACGCGGUCAUCUUCCUCACCGUUCUCUUCUUCCUCCUCUUUGGCAUCCCACUCAGUGUCCAGAUCUUCCUCAACUUCUUUGUGUAUAUUAACUUUGUCUUUGAGGUCUGCCUCUUGCUGGCCUCUUUUAACAGCAGCAUCAAUCCCGUUAUUUACGUCCUGGUUGGGAGCUAUGGGAAGUUCACGUUCAGGGGAUCUUUCAGAGUGGCUCUUCAGAGGGUCUUUGAAGAUAAGGCAGAUUCCCAAGAGGUGGCCCCUGUGAUGGAAAUCGCUGCCUAA